UGCAGAGGAGCACUUACCUUGUCAUUUCCCCUCCUAUUAUCUUUUAGAAAUGGCAGGAGCAAUCAUAGAGAACAUGAGUAGUAAAAAAUUGGUUUUAUUUGGUUUCUUUAUUCUUAUUUUCCAAGUUUUUUCCAUCUUGGUUGGAGCAUUGAUUGCUCCCAGUCCCACCAGCGCCAUCCGCUAUUUGGCCACCAAAUGCAUUAACCGUCACAGGACACGCGUCUGGCUCAUGCCGUGGGGUUCAAACCGGUGUCAGCAGGUCCACAGUUUUGACGAACCUUUGGCAAAAAUGCUGGAUGCCAAUGACAUUGUUUUUGCUGUGCACGUACCUCUACCCAACAAGGAGAUGAGCCCCUGGUUUCAGUACAUGCUGGCUGUUCUGCAGUUUGACAUUGCGUUCAAAAUGAUCAAUCAGAUCGAGGAUGAUGUUAUCGUCACUAUUGAUGCUCGUCUGGCAUACAGGGAUGAUUUGAAGUCCGAGUGGAUCACAAAGUUUCACUCAGUGGAGCAAAGGCCGCUCAAGUGCACAUUUGCAGUCCCUAAGACAUAUGAAAAUGAAGGCCGCUUUUAUCACUGUGACCCCGUACCAUUAAUGGAAAUGGGAAAUGUGGUGCACAAAUAUUUUUUAAUUAACCUGCGUUUGCCAGUGAACGACACGGUGAAUGUUGGCAUUGGAGAAAUAAAAGACAUCCAUGUAGUGGGCAUCCACCAGAACGGAGGCUUCACCAAAGUGUGGAUGAGCAUGAAAACGGUGUUCACUCCCUGGAUAUUUGUGGCAACAGCCUGGUACUGGCACAGGAUUAGCAUCAUGGCAAGACCCCCAGUCCUUUUAGAGAAGGUGAUUUUUGCUCUGGGCAUCUCAAUGACCUUCCUGAACUUGCCAGUGGAGUGGCUGUCUCUGGGGUUUGAGUGGACAUGGAUGCUGCUGUUUGAAGACGCCCAGCAGGGAGCCUUCUAUUCUGCACUCUUCUGUUUCUGGAUCAUCUUCUGCGGUGAACACCUCAUGGACCAAAGUCAGAGGAACAGGCUCUCAGCAUACUGGUGGCAAGUUGGGCUUGUGGUGUUUGGCUCAUCUGUUCUCCUCAUAUUUGACCUGAGUGAGAGGGGGGUUCAUUUGAGCAAUCCUUUCUACAGUGUGUGGGGAUCAAACUUUGGAACAAAUGUUGCACUUACAUUCAUUAUUGUGGCAGCUAUUUCAGUUUGUCUUUAUUUCUUCUCGCUGUGUCGUAUGGUGUGCUGUGUGUUCAGGAAUAUCGGUGGGAAAGUGCAGCAACUUCCUGCAAUGCCAGAGGCGAGGAGGCUUCGCUAUAAGGGUAUAAUCUUCCGGUUUAAGUUUUUAAUGCUAGUAACUCUCACAUGUGCAGCGAUGACAGUCAUCUUCUUCAUCCUAAAUCAGGUCAGUGAAGGUCACUGGCAGUGGGGAGACUACACUCUCCAAGUCCACAGUGCUUUUCUCACAGGGAUCUACGGCAUGUGGAACCUGUACGUCUUCACCAUCAUCUUCCUCUAUGCUCCCUCACACAAGCACAACAGAAACAAGUCGAUAGACAGUCAACACACAGAUAUGACAGAGAAACCAGAAAGCCAAGAAACACAGCUGGCAUGUGGAGAGCAGGGACCAACGGAGGCCUACAGGAUCACCGGGAAGAUGGCUGAGGAUUAACUGCAGAUAAAGAAUUUUAUUUUAUUUUAUUUUAUUUAUUCCUGAAUGUUUUGCCUGUGUUGUCCAUUCUAUAUACUGUUAAAGUUAAUGUACAUUACUGUCACUAUUAAAUAGCAGAAAUGAACACAGUGGGGAAAAUAAGAGCUACAGUAAGAUGCAGUCUGAGGGAAUAUGAAGAACGCUAGUUUGUUAAUAGGUUCAGAAAUAAGAAACUUGGUAAUUGGCUGUGUGCUCUGGGUCAUUAUCUUGCUGGGAAACAAAUCUUCUCCCCAAGUUGCAGUUCUCUUGUAGACUCCAUCAGCUUAUCUUCCAAGAUUUCCUUGUACUUUACUGGAUCCAUUUCCCUUCUACCUUUAGAAGCCUCAAUGGGCAUGUUUUCAAGAAGCAUUGUAACAUCAUGAUGGUACCACUGCCAUGCUUCAUGAUUUGGGUGAUGUGUUUGUGAUGAUGUGCAGUGUUUGGUAUCUGUCUCACUUGAUAUAUAUACAGUUAUGGAAAAAAUUAUUAGACCACCCUUGUUUUCUUCAAUUUCUUGUUCAUUUUAAUGCCUGGUACCACUAAAGGUAUUCCCUGAAGAAUACAAUGAACACAACAAAAAAUGCAGCUGAUUGCAUAAUACUUCAUGUCCUAUUUGACAUGGUUAAGCUUAACUGUAUUCUCAGGGUAUAUAAGAGGACAUUUCAUGUCAUUAGCAGCACUGCACAUGCAAAGGCCUAGAGUAGUUUACUGCUUACAUUCAAGCUGUAGCACAACUCAGAAGCUGUCAGCUCUCACAUAAUGCCUGUCAGGAAUCAUCAUCAGACCUCUAGAGACCUUAAAAAUGAGUGGGCACUGUGGAGAAGUGUGACUUGAUCGGCAAGGAAGAUCCGAAACCGACUUCUUGAAGCUGGUCUGAAGUCACACAGGGUACAGAAGAAGCCCUUCAUCAAUGAAAGGCAGAGGAAAGCCCAGUUACUCUUUGCUGGGGAUCACAAGGAUGUGACUGUUGAUGAUUGGGCUAAGGUUCUCUUCAGGGAUGAAUCCAAUUUUCAGUUGAUGCCCACUCCAGCCAACUUACUGGUUAGGAGGAAGCCUGGAGAAUCCUACAAGCCAGACUGUUUGCCCCUACAGUGAAACAUGGGGGUGGAUCAGUGACCAUCUGGGGUUGUUUCAGUCUGGGUGGAACAGGGUAAAUGCAAUUGUGUGAAGGGAGAAUGAACCAGGAGAAAUCUUAUCCUUGGGUAAUUAAAGUCAAUGGGUUAGUAAAUUAAUAAAAGGCAUUCAUUUCUCAUUGAUGUGAAAAGGUGCCACAUGGACAUGACAAGAAAUUACUUCCCCAAGCAAAACACACAAGAGGAUAGAUAAGUAUAUCAUGUCUAUAUGUACACUUUGACUUAGAAGGGAUAAUAUUAAAUGAGAAAAGAUGAUUUAU